GGGUCAGUGAGGUAGCAUUUCCAGGUGGCCACUCGGGUGUGAACGUCUAAAGAGAUGCGAUAGGCAUAUAGGCAUCGCUCAUUUGCCUGCAGUCCUUGUUAUCUAGUGAAGCCGGUAUUAUUACGUGCAGAGGCCGUGUGGUCAUUUCGCACGAGAGGAGAGAGAGAGGGUGAGAGAGAAAUUGAAAGAGAGAGAGAGACACUGUGCCAGCCAGGAAGCGACGACCAGAAAUACAACUGUAGAUUAGCCAAGCAGCUAGCUAGCAGGCAGCAUGAGGUGCGGCACACAGUUGUGGUUGGUGGCCGUAGUGCUGGCUAUCGGGUGUGCGCAGGACAACAACGAUGCGUCGCGAACCGGAAGCCACAGGCGACGUGCGACACGGUUGCAGUUGACGCCAUUUGGUAACAACGGAUACCGGAUAGAGUCGGUCCCUGUGCUGCAGACGCCGCGGCCAAGCGCGUCGACCAUCGGCGUCGUCAAAGCGCCACAUGUGACACACGACGAGCUAGCGCUCGCCAUCGCCGUGGGAACUCAGUCCGUCAACGCCAUGCAGCGGUUAGAGAGAGAAAUUCUCGAAAAAGGGCUUAUAGAGAAGGCAACCUUCGAUGUGCAUCUACAGAACUCAGUGAGCAGCAGGACGUCGGCGCGGGCCAAGAAAGAGUCGGUGUCGGCGCUGGUCUCUAUCGAAGCGACAAAAUUGCUAGCAGAGCGAUUGGGACUUGACGUCAACGACGUUGCGAACCUGCAGCUGUUGAAUCUGACGAACACGCUGCUGCACGACGUGUGUCCGUACACGGCCAUCAUCCCGCCGUGCGUGCCUGAGAGAUACCGCACCGCCGACGGCUACUGUAACAACGCGGUCAACCCGCGAUGGGGAAGUUCGCACGUCAACCUGCGCAGGAUGGCGCCACCGGCGUACGAAGACAACGUCGACUUUAUGCGUACGAGAAGCGUGGACGGCUCCCUGCUACCUUCGCCACGGGUUGUCAGUCUUGGAAUGCACCCCACGGACAGCGAUCUUCACGGCAAGGUAUCGGUGAUGGUAAUGCAGUGGGGUCAGUUUCUGGAUCACGACAUCACGCACACUCCAAUCAUGACAGAUUCUAACAGCCAGGCUAUAGACUGCUGCCAGGAGGAUUCCGCUCUUUAUACGGGCUGUCAGCCGAUAGUAGCGCCACCAGAUGAUCCCUUCUACUCGGAGCACCGGGAUUUCUGCAUUAAUUUCGCACGAUCAACACCGGCGCCCCGAUUCGGGUGUGCCUUAGGUCACCGAGAGCAAAUGAACAUUCUUACAUCCUUCAUUGAUGGCUCACAGGUGUACGGUAACACGCAAUCGACAGCCGACACCCUUAGAGAAGGAGAAGGAGGUAGAUUAAAGGGAAAGCCGCAUCCUGCUGGCAGCCAUUACAAGCACCUACUCCCAUCAAAUAAGGACAACGCCGACUGCAAGCGUAUCUCUAAGAGCGACAAGUGUUUCCUAGCUGGUGACGACCGAGUAAACGAACAUGUCGGACUCAUGUCUAUGCACACCGUCUGGAUGCGAGAGCACAACCGCAUCGUUGCCGAGCUGGAACGCCUUAAUCCACACUGGGACGACGAGCUGCUCUAUCAGGAAGCAAGAAAGAUCGUAGGAGCGGAACUUCAGCACAUCACAUUCAGUGAAUGGCUUCCGAUUGUACUCGGAAGAGAGGAGAUGAGCCGUCACGCCGAGGAUCUAUCACUGGCGAAAGAUGGCUAUUACGAUGGCUACGAUAUUAACAGAGACCCAGGAAUCUACAACGAGUUCGCGACGGCUGCGUUCCGCUUCGGCCACACCCUCAUUCCCAGCUUCCUCAACCGUGUGGAUCCGCCACUGACGCACGCUGAACCGCUGUUAAUGCGCAAUGCCUUCUUCAGCCCUUCCACGAUCUACCGAACGGACGCCACCGGUGGCAUCGACGCCAUCUUGAGAGGAAUGUGCGCACAGAACGUGGAGAGGGCCGACAUGAAGGUCACGACCGAAAUCCGAGACCACUUGUUUCAGGAACAUGGUAAGAGGUACGGAAUGGACCUGAUUUCGCUUAACAUCCAGAGAGGAAGAGACCACGGCCUUCCUGGCUACAACACUUACAGACAUAUGUGUGGUCUUCCUCUUGCUAAAAACUUUAACGACCUGAGGGAUGUAAUGGAUGAAGAAAGCAUCAUAGGGUUUAAACGCAUAUAUAGCAACGUCGACGACAUCGACUUCUUCACGGCCGGCCUCGCCGAGCGUAAGCUGAACGGCGCGCUGCUCGGCCCGACGUUCGCCUGCAUCAUCGGCCGACAGUUCACGGCCCUGCGACGCGGCGACCGUCUAUGGUACGAGAACAACGACGCCGUCAGCCGCUUCUCUCCCGAGCAGCUGGCCGAGAUCCGCCAUGUGACGCUCUCGAGCGUGCUGUGCAACGUCGCCGACAACAUCACCCGCGCUCAGCCACAGAUCUUCCUCAUGCCCGACAUGUUCACGAAUGACUUUGUAGACUGUUCACAUUUACCAAUGGUGGAUUUAAGCAAGUGGGAAGAUACAGAGUACAAGAUGCCGAUUAGGCUGCAUAGCAGUCAGGUGGCGCAAUCAGUGAAGGAAGCUCACAGCAACGUCCAGAACAUCGUUCAGCUAGAGAAGCAAGCCUACGAACUCGGGUUCGGAAGAGUACUGAGUCCACGCGACUCUCUCAGCAGGCAUGCUUCGUUCAUGAAGUCAACUCCAUAUAUCCAGCUACUGAGUCAGGCCUCCAAAGUUCUCAUCAACGCUACCGGCAUUCUGGUGUCGCUGAAUUCACUGACGCGUGCUGACGUACUCGAUCGUCUGGCAUCCGUCUCACUGCCGGACAAUCUCAUUCCUCCCGAGCCUGACGCGUGUGUCGCCUCAACACCGUUCAUCGCCUGUGAUAUCACGAGCAAGUUUCGCACGAUAAGCGCACGCUGCAACAACCUAGGCGAUCCUGAAGCUGGAACCGCGCUCAGGCCGCUUACUCGUGUGCUGCCACCAGCAUACGAUGACGGUAUCAAUGCUCCCCACGUUGCUGGCAACCAGGGCAGGCGUCUGCCAAGCGCCAGGUCCGUGAGCCUUCGCAUUCAUGAGGAUAUCAGCAAGUCACACCUCGCAUACACACUCGCACUGAUGCAGUGGGGACAGUUCGCAGAUCACGACAUCACGCACACGCCACUUUCUAGAGGUUUCAACAACUCGGUGCUGGACUGCUCAAACUGUAACAGCUUCACUACAGUCAGCACCGAAUGCUUUCCCAUCGAGGUGCCGAGAGACGAUCCAUUCUUCCCAAUAACGACCCCGGAAGGAAAUCGGAAAUGCAUGGGCUUUGCCCGCUCUAGUCCUAUUAGCCUCCGCUUUGGUCCUCGGCAGCAGAUGAACGCCAUUACGUCGUACCUAGACGCGUCCAACGUGUACGGAUCGGAUACAUGCAGAGCGACCCUGCUGAGAGAAUUCAGAGAUGGCAAGCUACGGACAGUGCCUAACAGCGAUGGACUGAAGCCACUGCUGCCUCCGCAUGCGCUCGACGAUGAUUGUAAGAAUGAGGACAAGGCUCUGUGCUUCCUUGCCGGCGACCUGCGCGCCAACGAGCAGCCAAUGCUGUCCGUCAUGCACCUGCUGUGGGUGCGCGAGCAUAACAGGAUCACUGAGCGGCUGACCAAUCUCAACCCACACUGGAGCGACAAUCAGCUGUACGAGGAGGGGCGACGCAUCGUCGGAGCGAUGCACCAGCACAUCACCUACCACGAGUUCUUGCCACGCGUGCUCGGAGUCACGACGAUGGACAGAUACGGAUUGACAUUGAAAUCGUCCGGCUUCUACGACGGAUACGAUCCAUCAUGCGACGUCACCAUCUCCAACGAGUUCGCGACGGCCGCAUUCCGAUUUGGUCACAGUCUGAUCAAGGAUGUCUUCAAACGCUUCAACACCGUAUUCCGCGAGAAGUACGCACCGGUCGGACUCAUAUUCAACUUCUUCAAUCCGGAGGUGCUGCGAGACAACACGAAUGGCGGCGUUGACUCGCUGAUCCGUGGCCUGAUCACCGUCGUUGCCGAGAGUGCAGACCGCCAUCUUGUGAAGAGUAUCACCAACCACCUGUUCGAAGAGCGCGGGAAGCCAUUCAGCGGACUCGACCUGGGCGCGAUGAACAUACAGCGAGGACGCGACCACGGCCUACACGGCUACAACGAUUACAGAGAGUCCUGUGGUCUGCAUAGAGCACGUUCAUUUAAUGAUCUAUCCCGUGAGAUUUCGGACAGCAACGUCAUCAACAAGCUGUCACGAACCUAUGAAACCGUUGAUGACAUUGACCUGUUCACGGGUGGUCUUGCUGAGGACCCGAUGAUGGGGGCGCUGAUCGGACCCACGUUCGCCUGCAUUAUUGCCGAGCAGUUCCAACGUCUGCGCAAGUGCGAUCGCUUCUGGUAUGAAACGGGCGACCACGUAACGCGGUUCACUUCAGCUCAACUCACCGAGAUCCGUAAGACGACACUUGCAAAGAUGCUAUGCGUGAAUUCUGACAACAUUCCCGUCAUCCACCCAUACGUCAUGUCGCUUCCAGACGACGUGCUAAACGCGCCUAUCGCCUGCGACACGCUGGACAGUGUUAACUUGAGACAUUGGCGAGAGGGCGCCUUCUGCACGGGUGUAGGUGGCAGCAGUGGUCGUGUGCGUGCAGGCACGACGCAACGCAUCAGCCCCUGCAAAGCAUGCUUCUGUCCGAGCAAUGGCAACACGGCUAUCUGCAACACGAUGAAGAUCAGCAACUGCUACGAGCUGCUGACGCAGUACUCGUCGGACGAACUGAACGCAGACGACGCGUGCGUGACGCAGUGCGCUUACGUCGUGCGUGCGUUCGUCAUUGAGACGCCGCUCACGGUCGGCAAGGGCGACUCCAACUUCAUAACGCAGAAUCGCGAGCCGUUUGCCAACGCGGCGACGGGCAGGGGCGGACGCAUCGGCGAUGGCUUCAGCUUCUCAGGCGGGUCGUAACAGUAGUACAGUGGAGGGCCGCAGGUGUGCUAAGAGCAUACCAGCAAUACAGAAACAAAACGAUGCCGGCCCUACAUUGAUUGAGAUUUGCACUAGUGGAGAGAGAGAGAGAGGGGGAGGGGUUGUCUGUUUAUUGUUCGUGGAAUCACCGCUGUCCUAGAUAACAGAACGUAACGGCCUGUCUAGUUUGAAGUUGUGAACUACCGCUAGAAUCCCCACCCUCUCUAUGUUUCCACUGUAUCAACCAUGCUUGAGCAGCAGGUAACGUAACGUUGUAAUGUCCGAGUAUACCGUAUAUGGACCUAUGUAUGCUUGUAUGCUUGACAUCUUGUGAGGACGCGAACUCAAUACUCGCAGAUAAUAGGACAGUUAUAAAAUAGUAAGUCGCGUGACAACGCGUAAAUUACGAAGUGUUUUCUAGCACCGUGAUUUCGCACGACUUUGUAUAUAAAUCUCAUAACAAUAGUCAUGUUACUAUGUCAUCUACCUUUAGUAAACGGGCGUAUGCUCAUGCUGGUACUGAAUAAAGUCAUAGUUACUAAUAUGAGCUAAACCCAUUAACAACACUACUUGACAAACGUCGUUACGAUGUACAAAAGCUUAUAUUAACGCAGCCGGCUCCCACGACAUAUUAUGUUGUAUGCAGGCGCACUUUGGUUUUAAUACCAGUAUCCUAAAUAGCCCUAUAACAAAUUACCUAGUGGUGAACGAUGCUCAUCUCAACUGUUUUACAGCAAGGUUAGUGAGAAUGGUUUACCAGCACCCUGUUGACCAGCUGUCCAGUUUGGACAUAGCUAUCCCGCUCGAAUGUUAUCAAACUAUUAAGUAGGAGUAGACAUGAAAGGCUAUGUUGUAAUCGUGCCAUGUCUUUUUUAUUAUGAACACGAUUACCGGUACGUUAUGAAUCGUUGGACAUAUGAAAUAACAUCAAAUUCGUUAACUUGAAGUAGUUGUAAUCAACCGUGUUUCUGACCAUACAAAGAGUUCACAUUUUAUUUUGUACACCGAUGUCUCUCGCAAUCGUGAUAGAUGUAAUUAUAAUGUGGCAUUUAGGUAAUUUUUCUGUCAUCUCAUGUAAAUAACGUGCAGAACACAUUACUAUGUGCAUAAAAUAGAAGUCUGACUGUCUAACCAUGAGGUUAAGCGGCCAGUCAGACCAUUUUUUAUACUUUUUUAUGAAGCGUGAUCAAUGUGUGAAUGUACAAAACUAAUGUUCACUGUUAGAAAAAAACGCAGUCAUUUUAAAGAAUUGAUGAUGAAUGUUUUUAGAUCUCACAGAUAGUGUGGCUUUACUUCACUAACUUGGUUUUACGCUGUAAUGUACUGAAUUUAUAUAAUUACGCGCCUAUGUGUGCAGUAAUCAUAUCUUGCUAUGUGCAUGUAUGUAAAAAUGAUCGUCUGAGAGUAUACAGCUAUAUUAAUAAAAGCUGAUGCAUUUAUAUAUUA